AUGUCGUCGGCGGUGACGCACAUCUACCUGCACGUCAUCCAGGACGUCAUUAAGAACGUUCGACCCGACUUCCAGAGCGACGGCGUCGACGAGAGCGUCCUCCAAGAGCUGCAGCAGCUAUGGGAGGCGAAGGUGAUGCAGUCGGGUGCGGUCAUCCCUGUUGGCGGGUAUGCGCUUCCGCCGCCUGCGCCGCCGGCCGCUGAGGUGGAUGUAGGCGCGGGGGAGGCGGAGGAGGGGCCGCUAGGGGGGGCGGAGGCGGAAGCAGCGGCGGAGGAGGCCGGAGGGGAGGAGGGUGGCGAGGGCGCGGGACACGGAGGGGGAUUCGCGGGACAUGAUUUGAACAUGCCUUAUAGCGGGGAUGGUGGAGAGGCGGAGGACGAGCAGGCCCUGUCGCUGGGAGCAUCCCACGCAUCGUAUUCAAGCGGGCAUGUCACAUCCAGUCUCGAUGGCCGCCCACUGCCCUUCAUGCCGCGCCAGGAGGCGUGGGAGCAGAAGCCCUUCAUGGUCGACAUGAACGCCGUGCCUGAGGAGGACACGUACGCUGAUGCUGCUGCCUCGGACGAGGCCACUCUGGGUCUGCUGCCGGCAGAGCUGAAGCGCAAGCGAGCAGAGGAGGGGCCGGGCGGGUACGGGGAGGACGCGGGGAUGGAUGCAGCCGAGGGUGACACCAGCAGACCCCGCCUCACCCCCGAGUACGCCUUCCCUCAGGCUGACGGAGCCAGUGACAGCAUGCCACGUGGUGCCUCACAAUGGGCCCACGACAUGCUGAGUCAGCUAGAGCACAAGCAUGGGGGGGGUGGAGGAGGAAGACAGGGAGAGGAGGCGAGUGGGGAGAGGAGCAGAUUGGAUGGGGGAGUGGAGGGAGGGUCGGGUGGUGCAGGCGCAGCAGAAGGGCGGGAUGGGUCGGGAAGGCGGGUGCAACAAGCGGCAGGGGGAGCCGAGGGGCGGGAAGCACGUGGUAGACGGGGGGUUGGCAGGAGCGGCAGGGGCGGCAGGGGGGGGAGGCAGUGGGUGGUGGAGAGGCGGUGCAUGCGGCAGGUGGAUGGGCAUGGCGACGAGGAGGAUGGUGAUGAGGCCGACGAGGUGAGUGAGAGCCUCUCUCUCUCCCUUUCCUGCCAUGACAGUCGGACUGGUAGCAGUGAGGUGCUGCAUUUCUGCGUUUUUUCAGCCAUGCCCCAACUCUCCUCGCCCCCAUGUUCCGCCAUGUGGUUGCUGUUGCAGGGAGAGGAGGAGGAAGAGGAGGAGGGGGGGGCGGCAGGGGAGGCAGAGGAGGAGGAAGAAGAGGAGGACUACAACGACCCGGCAGCCCGCACUGACACCGCCAAGGAGGAGGAAGAGGAGGAGGAGCUGGGGCCAGCAGACGAUGACGAGUCGCUGGGGGCGGAGGAUGAUGAUGAUGAUGACGACGAUGGGCGGGGGGUCAUAGGGGCGGAUGAGGAGGGGCAGGAUGGCAACAUCGUGCUUGCCACCUAUGAGAAGGUGUGA